GUUUUUGCUUUUUUUGAUCAAUGAAUUACCAACUGUUAUUUAUACUAGCCAACAAAACAAAGUCAGUUUGCGCGAAAAAGUACUCAGACCUAUUAUGGAUAUAAAUUAAUUAAUUUAUUCAGUUUUCAGCAAAUAUAUAAGUAUCCUAUUUACUCCUAGUUUUAAAUAUCAAAUCCAAAAUAAGUUUUUACACAGCAAAAAAAACGCAAUAUAAGAAUAGUAAUAGCAAUAAUAGUAAUAAAAAGUGCCAUUAAAAAUGAGAAAUCUUUUCUUAAUUUCUUUCCUUUUCCUUUCUUCAUCAACUAUAGCUUCACCUGCAAUUGAUAAAAAAGAUUUUGUGACUAGUAUAAGCCGGUCUUACACCAAUGGUAAAUCUAAAAGAGACUUGAAUGGCUAUUUUGGAAACACAGCUUGUGAACCACUUUGUCAAAAUUAUAUUACUCUUGCAUUAGAAUCGAAUUGUAUUGCGUAUGCUGGUCAUUAUCAAGAUUACAUGAAAUGUAUAUGUUCUGAAAGUGACGAUUAUUGGAGAUCAUUUUAUGAAUGCACCCAUUGCACCCCUCCCUUAAAUGCAGCAGAGAUAUUGAAUGAUAAAGCUGUAAUGUGUUCAGCUUCCAAUAUUGAAGAAAUCGGUUUUGACGUUUUACCAGAUGAUUCUAGUCAAGAAAAAUGGAAAGACGCUUGCGAAAAUAGCUAUUCUUUUGCUGAAAGUCAAUGUGGUCCAUAUGAUAUAUCGUAUUUUCAUGACGACGAUGUUUUUGAUUCUUAUUUCCACUGCUUGUGUAAUUUAGACAAUGAUUACUGGCUGAGUUUCUAUAAAUGUGCUUCGUUUGAAUAUAAACCUGAAAACUUGGAAAUCUACAAAGAAGAGGAUUAUGAGUGCUCAAAAUAUAAAACUAAAGUUCAUAAUUCGGUUGAUCUCAAAUCAUUUUGGAGUGUUUGUAGCACUGCUUUUAGUAAAUUAGACCCUGACAGUUGUGAUUAUAAAACUGUAGGUUCCAAUUCACAAAAAAGUGUGGUCUCAUCAACCUUAACUUCCUUUGUUGUAAAGGAGACAAUGAAUAUCAAGAAACUUGAGGCUUCUGUUUCUUCAGAUAUUGUUUCUGUAUCCUCCAAUAUUGGCGUUUCAAAUAACGAAAUAAAAUCGUUUUCUACUUUUAUCAUAAGUUUCCUAUCUUUAACAAUAAUCAGCAUGCUUUAGUAUUAUUUUUAUUUUAUAUUUUUCUUGGGGGUUUUUCAUAUUUCAUAUUUUUUUUUUCUAUUCUGAAGCAUUAUUUUUUUAUUCCAUAAAAAGGCAUUUUUAGCAUCAAUAAAUAGUUCAUAGUCAUUUUUAUUUACCAGAUUUUUGCCCUUUUUAAAUUUUAUAGCCUAACUUCAGUAUAAACAGCAAAAACUCGCUUUU